UCAUCGUUUUGAGUUCCAGAGUCAAACGAAGUCACUUGUUCUUGGUUGUUUACGUUUCUAGAGUCAAGGGAGUCGACACCUAAGGCUUGAAGAAACUCAACAUUACCAAACUUGGUUUGAAUCAAAUGGCCGGUCAGAUUUUACCAUUCUUGAAUAUGUGAAGGAUCUGCAUAUAUAUGAGAGAGGAGAAACUGUUGAAUUCGGGAGUGGUUCGAACGACAUGCUGAGAUGCUGCGAGAAGAGGAAUAAAGAUAGAACAAAGAUGAUCUUGGUGGCAAAAUAGAUAAGCUAAUAAUAGAACAAGGAUCACUCGAGGAUGGUUGGAUUAUUUAAGAUUGAGAUUAUGCUCAUACCAAGGUUGUCUAUUCCUGAUUACUUGCCUUUGACAGUAAUAUGUUUGGUGCAAAAACUUCAUUUUGAUUAAGAAAAGACUUAAAGAAGGUUAUAUGAGUAAUCUAACUUUAGGUUCUCAAAGCAGGAAGCAUAGUUUCUAGAACCUGCUUGAGUUGACGUCAUUCAGACUCCCAUGUGUAGAAGAGCGAGUUUUCAAACUUGUUGACUAAUAAAAGUUGACUUUCUGAAACGUUAAUGGCCUCAGAUUCAACAUUAUCUUCACCAGACGGCAACUUUGACUGCCAUUAACAUUUUAUUGAUCUGAAGAAGACCAUGAAGUUCUGGAGAAACAAGGGAAAAGAGAGGAGGAAACAAUGGUUCUUGGACAACGGAAGCACUUUUCUCAAAGAGCUCAUUGCUGGAUGCAACGGUAAAACCAAUCCUAUCCGAAGCUUCUCUUCUGAUCAGAUCCUCAAGGCCACAAAUGGCUUUGAUCCAAGCCGCUAUGUAACGAGUGACCUUUACUACACUUGGUUCACUGGUAGCAUUGAAGAUAGAUCUUACAUGAUCAAGAUGUAUCCUGAGGAAAAAGUCAGAGGGGAUGGAGAUGGAAUUGGAGCUGUCUACAACGACAUUGUCAUAUCUGCUCGUGUAACCAAUCACAUCAACUUCCUGAAGCUGUUGGGAUGCUGUCUCGAGUUCCCUUGUCCAGUUCUGGUGUUUGAAAACGCAGAGAACGGAGCUUUAGGACACCAAGGAGGUAUAGGUUCUAAAGAUACAGAGUUCUUACCUUGGGAUGUAAGACUAAAGGUGGCUAAGGAGAUAGCCAAUGCGGUUACUUAUCUACACACAGAGUUCCCUAGGAUCAUUGUACACAGAAACAUAACUCCCAUGAAUGUUUUCUUGGACAAUAACUGGACAGCUAAGCUGUCUGAUUUCUCCCUUGCUCUAACUCUACCUGAGGGGAAGUCUCAAAUGGAAGAUCAAGUGAUGGGAUGGCCCGGAUAUUUAGAUCCUUCUUAUCUACAUACGAGUAUUGUUACAGAGUAUGCUGAUGUUUAUAGCUUUGGAAUCUUUAUGAUGGUUCUCCUGAUUGGAAGACAUGGCAUGGCUCCUCGGUCUGAUGUGCGCUUCAUCGAUAUACGUAGCUAUGUAAGAGGGUUGCAAGAGAAAGGAGAGUUUAUUGAGACCAUAUACCGAGUUGGAGUGAGAGAUAUUGUGGAGGCUGAAAGAUUUCAGGUGGACAAGUUUGUUGAGCUUACCUUCAGAUGCUGCGAGAGGAGUGUGGAGAAGAGACCAAAGAUGAUUGAUGUAGCCAAGGAGCUUAAACGGAUUCAUAGAUCACUGGUGAUGGUAGAGCCGGUGGUCCUAGCUCUCAGGAUUCAACAUUUGUAGGCAAGAUAUCUUACUUCAGUGAUGAAGACAAGAUCAGCAUAUGAUUCAAAGUACAUUCGAUUAAUCAUUGAGACAUUACAAACCUAUGUUAUUUUUGUAGUUUAGAAGAACAAAUAAACUCAACAAACUUAAUUGUAGCAAUCUUUUAUAAAAUUAAUUUAUGACGAUGUUUGGUAUUUAUCAAUACAGUU